AUUGUAUGCUAGCUAGCUCUAACAUCUCAUCACAUGUGUGCAUGAGAUCAUGAAACAUUGAAACUAAAGCAUAUACUAUAUAACAUUAAAAUAGUUAUUUUGUUAACUUGAAUUGAUUGUAUAAUUUGUCAUCAGUCGCCAAAAACAUUAUUAACGGAGGUAGCAUAUCGGCACAAGCUCUUUGCAGCAUUUCGACGAACACGUUGUGUGCGAUGAUGUUGUUCUGCAGAAAGUCGACCACACUUAAUCAAAAUGCUUCGAGAUUCGUUCAGCUUCAUCUCUCGGAUACAGGUACGCUUAGAACCGACUUGCUCUGUAACUUCUCUGCCUUCUUCUCUUGCUGGGAACGAAACUUCUCUAGUAUUACCGAUGUGAAAGUCUGUUUCAGAGAGAGAUUGAGGAACGGACUCGUCAAUAUCAAGAAAGAUGAUGCUGUUGCUCUCUUCCAAUCCAUGAUCAGGUCUAAUCCUCUUCCUACACUCAUCGAUUUCAGUAGACUGUUCAGUGGCAUUGCCAAGACAAAACAGUAUGAUCUCGUGUUGAAUCUCUGCAAGCAAAUGGAACUAAACGGGAUUGCACAUAACACCUACACUCUCAACAUUAUGAUCAACUGCUUUUGUCGUAGUUGCAAAACUUGUCUUGCUUACUCUGUUCUGGGGAAAGUCAUGAAGCUUGGGUUCAGCCCUGACACAACCACAUACAACACUCUCAUCAACGGACUCUGUCUCGAAGGCAAAGUCUCCGAAGCUGUGGGUUUAGUCAACAAAAUGGUGGAAAGCGGAUGCCAAGCCGACACGGUUACGUUUGGUUCAAUAGUCAAUGGGAUAUGCAAAUCAGGAGAUACUUCUCUGGCUUUGGAUUUUUUGAGGAAGAUGGAGGAAAGUGAUGUGAAGGCUGAUGUGGUUACGUACAGUACAGUUAUUGAUAGUCUCUGUAGAGAUGGGUGUAUGGAUGAUGCAGUUAAUCUACUCAAUGAGAUGGAGACGAAAGGGAUCAGGUCCAGUGUUGUUACGUACAAUUCUCUAGUAGGUGGGUUUUGUAAAGCUGGUAGAUGGGAUGAAGGUGCGAAGGUCUUGAAGGAUAUGAUUCGGAGGAAGAUGGUCCCUAACGUCGUCACUUUCAAUGUGUUGAUUGAUGUUUGUGUCAAAGCAGGGAGGCUUGAGAAGGCUAAAGAGUUUUACGAGGAGAUGAUCACGAGAGGUGUGUCUCCCAAUACUAUUACUUAUAACUCGUUGGUAGAUGGGUUUUGUAUGCAGAACCGGCUCGGCGAGGCUAACAAGAUGUUGGAUGUUAUGGUUGGGAGUAACUGCAGUCCUGAUCUUGUGACUUUUAAUAGUCUUUUGAAAGGGUAUUGUAAGGUGAAAAGAGUUGAUGAGGCUAUGAAGCUCUUCAGAGAGUUUCCUGAGAGGGGGUUGGUUGCUAAUGAAGUUACUUAUAGCAUCCUUGUUCAAGGGUUUUGUCAAUCCGGGAAAGUUAAGAUCGCUGAGGAGCUUUUUCAAGAAAUGGUUUCGUGUGGUGUUGUUCCUGAUGCUAUGACGUAUGGUAUAUUGCUUGAUGGUUUGUGUGAGAACGGGAGGCUUGAGAAGGCGUUGGAGAUAUUUGAGGAUUUGCAGGAGAGUAAGAUGGAGCUUGAUGUUGUUAUGUAUACGAUUAUGAUUGAGGGGAUGUGCAAGAGUGGAAAGGUGGACGAUGCGUGGACGCUGUUCUGUAGCCUAGGUUUGAAAGGAGUGAAGGCUAAUGUUAAGACGUACACGGUGAUGAUUUGGGGACUGUGUAAGAAAGGGUCGUUGUCUGAGGCGAACACGUUGCUUAGAAAAAUGGAGGAAGAUGGGAAUGCGCCGAAUGAUUGUACAUACAACACUCUUGUCAGGGCAUAUCUUCGAGAUUGCGACUUAGCCAAAUCAGCAGAACUUAUUGAAGAAAUGAAGAGUUGUGGGUUCUCAGCAGAUGCUUCUACUGUUAAGAUGGUGAUGGAUAUGUUAUCUAGCGGUGAAUUGGACAAAAGCUUUUUGGAUAUGCUUUCUUAGUGGUUUGUUGUUUUUGUGUAUUGUCUCAGAGCGUUGAAAAAGAGACGGAGUAGAAGAACUAAGGGAACUUCCUUGUGGGUGGCCAUCACUUCCACUGCUCAUGCGUAGACAAAUGGUUGUACAUGCUCAAGAGUAGCAACUUGGAUCACGAGGAAGUCUAAAAGAAACAGAUUUGCUUAAUAGUGACCCACAUAGCAGUUGAUCAAAGGAACUUAAGGGUCCAAAGGUAAAACACUAGUAUGAUGCAUUGUUUGUGAUAUGAUAUCAUAUAUAUAUAUACAAAUUUAUUAUACGUUUGUUUGUUUUUAUAUAUUAUGGUUUGGAAAGGAAUCAGGUUCUGUAAAUCCAUAUCUAUCAUCUUUCACUUGCAACCAGUCUUUUGUAUUACCUCGAAUUGUCAGAGACUUUCAUCAUCUGGAG